AUGUCAACAUCAGAGAACACAACAACUGCUAUCGUUCAUGAAGCCAUAAAUGAAGAAUACGAGUACAUACAAUAUAACAAACAACUUCGCCUCAUUCGUUCGGUCAAAGAUGACAUGUACCAAAUGCAAAGUAUAAUGAAUGCUCUUCGUUCUACAAAGCAAUCAUAUCAUUGGUUUGAAAACCAACAGACAAAAGAACUUUUAGAAGAAUUUCCUCAUAUGAUUGCUUCCCUCGGAAAACCGAGAGAAGAGAUUCCGUAUGAAAAUUCAUGA